AUGCAGACGAACGCACAUGAAAAACAAGCCAUGAAAAACUCUCUCUGUUCUUUAUUUGUCUUCAUAUCUCAACUAAUAAUCCUCACUCAAACGUACACAUUCGAUUCACCCAUUGAUAAUUUACUUUAUGUAACAAAUACAUCCACAUUUUAUACCAUCUCGUCUUCGCAUUUACAUCAAUUACAUUGGUCAACAUCGAAUCAAACAUUAUUACUACUCCACCGUCGUGUUCAACUUCAUUCUUCACUGGAUAACACCGAACAUGGUGUUAGUGUUUUCCUCUACGAUCAAUCAAAACAUUUAUUAAUCAUCUGCUCUCGGUCAUCAAUUGGUCGGUGUAUAUUCUACGACGCGAAUGACAUCAGUCACAUCUAUCUUCUCGAUUCAUCUAUAGAAACGAACUAUCUAGGAUGUUCAUCUGGUUGUUAUACCUUCUUAGCAUCGAAUAUGAUUAUCCGCUCAGCAUUGGCUGGCAAUCGUCGAGAUAGAAAUGGGAAUAUAAUCAAUUCGCAGAUUGAAUUCAAAAAGGAGUCGUCGUAUUUCAAUAUCAAAUACCAAUUUCAAUCGAGUGACGACACUUUGAUCACAUCGCUGACAUUCCUACCGGAGAAACUGCCCGACAUCGAAUAUAUUUAUGGAUUUGAUUAUCAACAACAUACGUAUUAUGUGUUAAAAUCAUCGCGUCUAGCACGAUUAUGUCAAGCGUCGAUUGCUAUGCGAAUGAGUUAUGAAGAAAUUCCAUUGAUUAGCUGUCAGACAAGUUCUUCGACGAUUACCGGAGCUUUUCAUUCAUUUGAAACAUUUAAUUAUUUAUAUAUUAUUUAUGAUGAUACGAUUUGUAUUUAUACGAUGAAUGAAAUUCAACGAGCUUUUCAAGCAUCGAGGUUGGCAUGUCAAAGUGGAAUAGGCUAUCGUCUUUCAUAUGUUGUUGAUAGUGAUGAAGGACAGCCGAUGUGCGAAAAGACUGUCGAACAGAAUUUGAAUGAAGUUAAUGAAUGUACGUGGCAACCGUACCGAACAAACACGUAUAUGAAUGGCACUGUAGGUGCAAUCGGAGAGAAAUUGUAUCAAAGUGUGAAAAUUACAUUCAUUUUUGCUCAAAAUAAUAUUAUUGUUAUUGGUACGAAUCAACGGCAUGUAUUGAAGUUCAUACACUUGAAUCAAACGACACUUCAUCUUUUACACGAAACUGUUUACCAUCGUGAACCAUUUAAUAGUCAAUAUGUGGUUGAUAGUAGACAAGAAGCACUGGUAUUCGCUGUCGGAACUGAGCUUCAUCGUUACAACUACAAUUCAUGUUCUCUGUACGAUUCAUGUCGAUCUUGUGUCGGCAGUCGACGGUACGAUACACAACUGUGUGUUUGGUCUGAAGGAAAGUGUGUUUUAUCCUCAGAUUCACGCACUGGUGAUCGAGGAUGUCCACCUAUAGUGAAUCGAAUUCAACCGAUGAAUGCCACUGUCAAUAUGAAACAGAUCACAUUGACAAUCACUGGUUCAUUCAAAGGAAUACAAGCACAUUCAGUAACGGUUCUCAUCACAUUUCCUCUACCGUACCAGCAUGAUUUUCCAUGUCUAAUAGAAAGCAUAGAAAAUAACAGUCUAACUUGCAAUUUCAUCCUUCCGAGACAGCCGGCCAAAGGUGUUAUAUCGAUUGCUAUUCAGCCUGAAAGAUCAUUAGAAAUCGGUGACACAGACCUGUCCGGUUCGAUAACAUUUCCAGAAGAAUUCAACGUUUAUAUCCCGAAAGCGGUUCUAGUUCCUGAUUAUGGUCCUGCUGUAGGUGGAACAAAAAUCCAUAUUGAGAAUUUAGAUUUCACUAUCUAUUCAACUGUAAAAAUCUUUCUCGGUAAAUCGCAAUGUCCCAUAUCGAAAUAUGAUUAUCCAAUCGAUGAAAUCGAAUGUAUAAAUCAAGCUUGCGCCAAUGAUAGGGAGAGAUUGGAAUUGAGUAUUCAAGUGAACAAUCAAAUGUGGCAAUUAGAAAAAACAUACUUUCAAUGCCGUGCCAAUCCAAUCAUAUUCGACUGGGAGCCGAGAAGAGCGAUUAUGAGUGGUGGAAUCCGAUUGCUUGUAACUGGUCAAAAUCUUGAUGUCGUACAAAAACCUCAAAUGAAAUUCAUUUAUCACGAAUCGAAAUUCGAAACAACAACGAUAUGCGAAGUCAUAUCCACAUCUCAAAUAGUUUGUUUAUCACCAACACUUGACAAAAAUCUUGAUUUGUCGCCAAUGUUCAAUCUUCGUGUGUUAAUCAUCAUGGAUAAUAUGAAAAUUCAACCUGAAAAUGAUAUUUUAACAAUUGUAAACGAUCCAAUCUAUUAUCCGUUUGAAAAUUCUAUUCAGCAAAUUAAUUCGUCGAAUAUCGUUCGCUUUGAAGGUGCAAAUCUGUCAUCAACUCAUUCGAUUGACGAUAUUGUUAUUCGAAUUGAUAGUAUCAAUAACGCCUGUGUACCGUUUAACUUCACUGAUAUUGAACUACUAUGCUUAUUAUCGAGAUCGAUGCUUCAAGCUUCUGACAAUUCAGAGCUACAAGUGGAAAUUCAAAUUGGAUCAAACUUGACAUUUUCUAUCGGGAAAUUGACGUUUCAGAAUGAAAGCCAAAUCUCUCCGUUGAGGAGUGUACGUAUGUCUGCACAAUUUAGUCCAAUGACGAUAUUGAUAUUUGUCGUUCUGUCAUCCGUAACAAUUUUAACACUGAUAUUCACCGUAGUUAUCUUAACCCGUCGCCGACUGUACCAUGGUUCGGAAAAUUUUGGUAAAGAAAGCAAACCGCCGCAAUAUUAUCAAUCAAUUUGGUGUGAACUUGGUAAAAACCGGCAAAUUAAUCGAAAGGAUCUCAUUAUUCAAGAUAAAAUUGGUCAAGGUUGCUUCGGUGAUGUAUAUCGAGGUGAACUGAAACGGAGCGGGAAGAAAACACUCGAAGUUGCGAUCAAAGUUUUGCGAGAUCAAAGUGUCUCGUCAAUGAACGAAUUCUUGUACGAAGCAAAUCGCAUGAAAGACUUUUCUCAUCCAAAUGUUCUUUCAUUGAUUGGCGUUGCAUGGGAUCCCGCACGCAAGGCAAUGGUACUUUUGCCAUUCAUGAAAAAUGGUGAUCUUCGCAGUUAUAUAUCGAAUGAUAAGAACCGGCCGACUGUUCGACAGUUAAUCACAUGGGCGAUACAAAUCGCCGAUGGAAUGGAAUAUUUAUCAUCAUUGAAAUUCGUUCAUCGAGAUUUAGCAACGAGAAAUUGUAUGUUGGAUGAAGAAUUAGUAUGUCGAAUAUCAGAUUUCGGUCUUAGUCGGGAUAUUCUCGACCGAGAUUAUUACAUUGUACCAACAGCAACGAAAGAAGGUGACAAUAAAUCAAUUCAACUUGCCCCAAGACGUUUACCUAUUCGAUGGCUUAGUCCAGAAUCGAUUGAAUCUUCAAAAUAUACGAUUCAAUCCGAUGUCUGGUCUUUCGGCAUUCUUCUUUGGGAAUUGAUGAGUCGUGGCAAAACACCUUAUCCCGGUAUUGAUAAUGCAGACAUAUUUACUUACGUCAAGCAUGGUUAUCGACUUCCACAACCAACAUACUGCCCGCCUUUACUAUACAAAUCUGCUAUGGCUAUUUGUUGGCAUGCCGAUCCCGCUCAACGUCCAACGUUCACUCAACUUGCACAUGAUAUUCGUCAUAUAUUACAUCAACUCGAAGUUGAACAACAACGAAAACAAUCCUCGUCGAUGGAUGAGGAUGAUACGACGAUUAUACAACGCUAUCCAAUUGAUAAGAAAUUUAAACGUUUAUCCACCACGUCACUAUCGUCGGCGGGUAGUAUCGGUGGUCAAUAUAUAACUACACCUCAUCGACAAUCGGAAAAUAGUCAAUUACUAUUUGAUCGGCAAGGUGACGAUGAAGAUGCAUAUGCGGUGGCAGUGAAUGCCAGUGCUGAUGUGUUUAGUACGAGUAGAUUAUUACCAGAAUAUACAGAAACGAGCAUUUUAGAGGAUGUUUGA